AUGAUACAAGACUUUGUUAAAUUUGAUAGAUUUGAUGGAACUAACUUUGUGCAUUUGCAAGAUAAAAUUAGGUUUUUGCUAACUACUCUCAAGGUGCUCUACAUCCUAGACAAAGAUCUAAAGGCCAUAGAACCCGCUAAAGAAGAUGACACUCAAGAAAUCAUCAAACAAAUGAAGAAACAUGAAGAAGAUGAACUAAUUUGCAGGGGUCACAUUCUCAACACUCUCUCAGACCGGUUGUAUGAUCUCUACACCAAUACAAAGACCACUAAGGAUAUUUGGGAAGCAUUGGAGAACACAUACAAAGCGGAAGAAGAAUGUACAAAGAAAUUCCUUAUUACUCAAUAUAUGGAAUUUAAGUUUUAUGAUGUGAAACCCAUUCUACCAAAAAUACAUGAAUUGCAAAUUAUUGUAAAGAAGUUAUCUACCCUUAAUAUUGUAUUGCUGGAACAAUUCCUUGUUGGUGCUAUCAUGUCCAAGUUGCCUCCAUCUUGGAGGGGCCAUAAAAAGAAAAUCCUCCACAAGAAUGAAGAGAUUUCCUUAGAGGAAAUUCUCAAACACUUGAGGAAUGAUUACUUUGCAAGGGAUUAUAGGUUCAAGAGAAGCUACAAUAAUGAGCUUAUGGUUAAUUCAACCAAAGAAGAAUUAGUGACAACACUAAGUGAGAUUAAUGCCAGACAUGAAAAGGUAAAAGGUUGGUGGUAUGAUACUGAUGCCACCAUCCAUGUUACUUAUGAUAGAUCUUUAUUCAAGACAUUUGAGACUUCACAGGAAGGGCGUGAAAUCUAA